GUACGUAACAUACAGAUGAUUAAAUAGCGCGCAAUGGGAAGGCAGCCGAAGGCAGCCUAAAUAUUUACAUCUUCAAGUACUUCUGGUGGUUUAAUUAUUAUUUGUCACAAUGAUAGACGGAAACAUAUCAAUGGAGGAAGAUACGGAGUUACGAGACCUAGUGGUACAGACCCUAGAAAAUAAUGGAGUUCUUGCUAAAGUCCGGGCUGAACUUCGAGCUAGUGUCUUUUUAGCACUUGAAGAGCAAGAAUCCGUAGUUAAUCCCGAACCACUUUUAAACAAAACAGUAAAACAGUACCUGGCUAAUUCUGAAGGAAAAUUAUUAUUUUCAUUAGUUAGAGAAUUUUUAGAAUACUUUGGUCUGGAUUACACAAUAUCUGUAUACGAUCCAGAAACUUAUAUUGGAAAGGAGUACAAUUAUAUGGGCAGAAAUAAAUUGUGUGAAAAGUUGGGUAUUAAUUCAACAGAACCAUUGCUUGGAGAAUUACUUAAGAACAGCAUUAAUGGUACCUUUAAUAACUCAAAGAAUGAAUCAAUUAAUGAUAGCAAUUUAAAAUCAUGUGAAACAAGCAAUAUAAAUAAUGAAACAUUUGAUGUAUCAAUUCCACAAGUAGUCCAUAAAGAAUCAACCUCACUAUCUAAUGACAAUGAUUCAUCGGAAAAAGCAGAAAGUAUUUCAGAUUUUAGUCAAGAAAUUCCAAUAAAUGUGACAAUAACAGAUAAAAAAACGUCCGGUAAAAUAUUAACUAAUGCACUAAUUGAUACCUCAAGUUGUGAAGUACAUAAUAAAUCACUCAGGGAAAACACAAGUUCAGAAAAUGAUUGCGAAACUGAUAAAAAUAAGUUAGAUGAUAAUGAAACAGGUAAUAAUAAUUUAUCAACAUCAUCACACAAUAAUUCAUCGCCGACACAAAAUAAUCAAAAUUCACCAACAACAAACUGCCCGUCAUAUGGAAAAAAAAAUGACAAUGAGUCGAAAAAAUUACUGAAUAAAAGUGAGCAUUUAAUCAAGUUCGAUGAAUCGAACGUUGUGGAGUCGGAAUUAGAUUCAAAUGAGGAAUCAAAGUCGAAAAUUACGGCAGCGGUUACAACAACAGCUGUUAGUAGUGUCGAGUUACAAAAUACAAAUAAUGCUCAAAAUCUCCGUAAAGUUGAUGUGGAUAAUAAUUCAUUUAGUAAGACUGUUUAUUUUGAAGAAAUAAUUGUUGAUGGUAAAUUAGAAAAAGUUGGAGCAACUAAAAAAAAUGAAUCAUUACUCGGUGAUUUGCCACCCCUCGUCCCGAAGACAAAUUCUAUUUUUAGCGAUUUACCUCCUUUGAAUGGCAAAAAAACUAAUAUUAAUGAUUUGAAGGAAUUGAUGGACAUUGGACUGACAGGAGAUCCGGAUAAUUAUGAAGAAGAUUUUGUUUCUUCUGCGUCAGGCAGUACCAACGAACAGAGUCCAGCUAAGAACCCAGAUAAAAAUAUCGAGAGUCCUGUGAAACAACUGCCGCAGACAGUAAUCGACGACAAGAGUCAAAGUGCUCGGAGCGAAGAAAUCAGCGAAGAUAUCGACGAAAUAGAAGAGGUAUUAAGCACUAAUAUUUCUUGUCUCGAUGAUACCUCCGGAGAUAAUAAGAGUAUCGCUAAUUUCGCGAUGGGUAAUGCGUUGGACUGUACUGAAAAAGCGUAGUAUGUAUUUUAUUGUUAUUUAGAAUUACGAUGAGAGUUUUUUGUAAACCGAACACAAGUCUGUGGGCGUUAUUUAGAUCUUAUUAAUGACAAUGAUGGUCUGAGGUCCACAGAGUUGUAAUUAAUUACGAAAAAUAAAGACACUUGAGCGGUUCAAUGUCCUUAACUGAAGGCAUGGACACUGCCAGAGACGUGGCUCAAUAUUUAAUUGGUAAGUUGCGCUGCAAAAAAACGUAGAAGGAACAAGUCUGAAUGUUAUUAUUAUUAUUAUUACAUUAUAUUAUACAAAUCUUUAUUCCCUAUCACACUCUAUCAAAUAUCGAAUUUUAUCCAUAAUUUUUUUGUACAGAGAUGAAUAUUCUAAACAUAAUAUUUUUCUACAUUUUGUAGUACAAAGAUAAUUUAUUAUCAACAAUAUAAAUGUAUAGAAAUGCCUGUUUGGCUGAAUAAACUCAACUAGAAAAUUUAUUGAUAUAAAAUAAAAAUAAUAACUUUGAUGACAGAUUAUAUAUUGAUAUGUUAAAUUGUUUAUCUAUUUGGAUGAAUUUCCUCCUGCGUUAUUCUGCAAUUGCGCUUAGUAUUACUAUUACUACUACUACUAUUAUAAUUAUAAUUGUAAUUGUAAUUAAUAUUAUUAUUAUUUUUAUUAUUAUUAUUAUUAUUAUUAUUAUUAUUACUACUAAUAAAAUUGAUAUAAUUAUUAAUCUCAUUAUUAUUUGAAUAAUAAUUAUAUUACGUUUGUCAGAGAGAUUAUUUAUGGACUGUAAAAGUAAUAACGUUUGUUGACGUUAAUAAGUUUUAGUUAAAAAAGAAAUAAUUGUUCCACUUUGCCCACUGUAAUUUUUGUUUGUUAAUCGUGAAAAUAUUUCUGCAUAUAUUGACUGUUGUGUAUUACCUCAUUUGACUGAAGCUAACUGCUAAAGUAUCUUAAUAGAUACUGAUAAAUCAUCCGUCUUAAGUAAUGUGGAUUGCCUGAAAAAUAAAAAAAUCUAUCAAGUUAUUUUUUCUUGACGAUAAUUAAAUAUGGUGCUAAGUGUUUUUAAAAUUAUCUAUCAGAGUUUAGUAAAUUUAAGUACUUGUAUAUUUUUUCUUGCCGAUUGCAAGGACUUUAAAUAUUAAAUAUUGAAUAAUACUGAUAAAUACGAGUAAUGAGUAAUGACAAAAAAUAAUAAAAAAUAGAAUUAAAUUAUUGUUUUAAAACUGUAGACAAAUGUAUACUAUUGUGAUUUUUGGGCAAUCCUUUACAGUGAGAAUUAUUAAAGCAAUUCCGAUUUAAUGAUACGAUAAAUCAUUUCAUCUUGAUGUAUUUAAUUAGAACAAAAAAAAAGAAACUUGAGUACAAUUUAAAAUUUAAAAUUGACUCAAUACAUUUUUAAUGCUAUAUAGACGAAAAAAAAAUAUAUAUAUUGCGUAUUUAAUUAUAAGAGACAUCGAUCGAUUUUUUCAAAUGUUCAUUUUUCUGCUCUAACUAUAGUAUAUAUUUAAUUAAUUUAUAAAAAAAACUGAUGAGGUAUCUCAAAAAUAAUUACAAAAAUACAUUUAUAAGGCUGCAUUUUAAAAAGCGAAAAAAAAAAAAAUAACUGAGCUUGACCAACAUUAGCCCUUCGUAAAUUUGAGAAAAUAUAAAACAAAAUAAUUA